AUGGCUGAACUUAAGAAUGCUGAAGAUCGUCGGGUCAAGGAUAGCCUGGCUCAAUUGAGAUGUCACUUUACAUGGAAGUUUCUAAUUGAAAACUCUGAAAUACCUGAUUUAGAAAACAGGGUCUUGGAUGAGAUUGAGUUCCUAGACACCAAGUACAAUGUGGGAAUACACAACAUGCUGGCCUAUGUGAAGCACCUGAAAGGCCAGAAUGAGAAAGCCUUGGAGAGCUUGAAAGAAGCCGAAGACUUAAUCCAGCGAGAUCAUGCCAACCAAUCGGACAUGAGAAGCCUGGUGACCUGGGGCAACUAUGCCUGGGUGUGCUACCACCUGGGAAGACUGGCAGAAGCCCAGACAUACCUGGACAAGGUGGAGAGCACUUGCGAGAGGUUGGCAAGUCCUUUUCGCUAUAGAAUGAAGUGUCCUGAGAUGGACUGUGAGGAAGGAUGGGCCUUGCUGAAGUGUGGAGGACAGAAUUAUGAACGGGCCAAGGCCUGCUUUGAAAAAGCUCUGGAAGCAGACCCUGAAAACGCUGAAUUCAGCAUCGGGUAUGCAAUUGCCACCUAUCGUCUGGAUAGCUUUAAUGCAGCAAAAAAACGCACGGAGGGGUUUUCUUUGCACCGCCUAAGGCAGGCCAUCAGGCUAAGUCCAGAAGAUGCAUAUAUUAAGGUUCUCCUUGCACUGAAGCUUCAGGAAGUAGGACAAGAAGCUGAAGGAGAAAAGUACAUUGAAGAAGCUCUGACCAACAAGUCCUCACAGACAUAUGUCUAUCGAUAUGCAGCCAAGUUUUACCGAAAAAAAGGCUCUCUGGAUAAAGCUCUGCAGCUCUUAAAAACAGCCUUGCAGGCAACACCCGACUCCGUCUUCCUGCAUCACUAG